UCUCAAAGGUAAUAGUCUCCGUAAUCCCCAAUUCUCGUUCCCAAACACCCCUCUCUCUUUUCUCCCUCUGUCUCUCUCUCUCUCUGUAUCCACAAAACCUAAUAUUGAUCACCUCCAUCCUCUUUCCUGCACCAUUUCAUUUAAUGCUCCAAUCUUUCAUCCCUCCAAGCGCGCUUCUACUCUCACUUUUGAUUCGCCGAAACCUCACCAUUUUCCAGGAUUCACAACUUUUCUUUAGGGUUUUCAUAAUCUGACGCUAUUUUGUAUCACUAAUUUUGUUCCUCUUUCAUCCCUUGUAGUUUUUUUUUUUCUUUUUUUUAUAAAUAUUUGAUCUCUAGGGUUUUCUUUUUUGUUUAUAUGCUUUGUAGAUUUCAUUCAUUGCUUUUAUACCCCCUUUUUUUCUAUUUUUCGGAUACUUCUAAGUUUUUGAAAAUUGAAGUGGCUUCCCUGAAAUUUCUUUAGGUUUCUCUACUUGCAAAUAUUUGUUUCCCCCAAACCCAAAAAUUUGGCGGAAAUUACCCUACUUGCCAUUUGGCUACCGGACGGAUUAUACCAUCUGGGGCUUGUUCUUAAUCUGAAAGUUUCCUUCUUUGAACACGGAUUCUCUUUGGAAUCACAAUCUUAGAAAAUUAAUCAACUAUCUUUUUGUUCCUCCUGCUGUUGUUGUUCUACCCGAUUUUCCUUUUUAUAUGCAUAUGUCUGCAUAAGUGCUCUUGUUUUGGGGUAGGAGUUGGCUUUGGGUAUCGGUUAUUGCAUAACGGGUAAAAGAAGGGAAAGGGCCUAGGAUUGCAUGGGCGAGCAUGAGAGGCUAUUGCCAAACGGCCUAUUGCCUAACGAAGCGGCCUCUGUGAUCCGAUUGCUUGACUCGGAGCGAUGGUCGAAGGCCGAAGAGAGAACUGCAGAGCUCAUUGCCUGCAUUCAGCCCAACGAGCCCUCGGAAGAGCGCCGAAAUGCUGUAGCCGAUUAUGUACAGCGGCUUAUCAUGAAGUGUUUUCCCUGCCAGGUGUUCACUUUUGGGUCUGUACCUCUUAAGACUUAUUUGCCUGAUGGAGACAUCGACUUAACAGCUUUCAGUAAAAAUCAAAAUAUGAAAGAUACAUGGGCUCAUCAGGUUCGUGAUAUGCUGGAGAAUGAGGAGAAGAAUGAGAAUGCUGAAUUCCGUGUCAAAGAGGUUCAGUACAUUCAGGCAGAAGUGAAGAUUAUUAAAUGUCUAGUGGAAAAUAUUGUGGUAGACAUAUCUUUUAAUCAGCUUGGUGGGCUAUGCACCCUUUGUUUCCUUGAGGAGGUUGAUCAUUUGAUAAAUCAAAACCAUUUAUUCAAGAAGAGUAUUAUAUUGAUAAAGGCAUGGUGUUAUUAUGAAAGUCGCAUUCUUGGGGCUCACCAUGGCUUGAUUUCCACAUAUGCUCUGGAAACCUUAGUUCUUUAUAUAUUUCAUGUUUUCAACAAUUGCUUUGCCGGACCCCUUGAGGUUCUUUACCGUUUUCUUGAGUUCUUCAGCAAGUUUGACUGGGACAACUUUUGUGUUAGCCUUUGGGGUCCCGUGCCCAUCAGUUCACUUCCAGAUGUAACAGCGGAACCUCCGCGAAAGGAUGGUGGAGAGUUAUUGUUAAGCAAAUUGUUUCUUGAGGCCUGCAGUGCAGUAUAUGCUGUUUUCCCUGGUGGCCAAGAAAAUCAAGGGCAACCUUUCAUGUCCAAACACUUCAAUGUUAUUGAUCCUUUGCGUGUGAACAACAACCUAGGACGCAGUGUUAGUAAAGGUAAUUUCUUUAGGAUACGUAGUGCAUUUGCAUUUGGGGCUAAGAAGCUGGCAAGGUUACUUGAUUGCCCAAAAGAAGACAUUUUUUUUGAAGUGAAUCAAUUCUUUAUGAACACCUGGGACAGACAUGGUAGUGGCCGGCGUCCUGACGCACCCAGAAAUGAUCUGUGGCGCUUGAGAUUGUCAACUCCUGACCUUUUACAUGGGGCUGAUAAUCUUAAGAACAGUUCAAACAGCAGAAAUUCUGGUCGUGAAGCUCAAGUUGAUGUGACACAUAGUUCACAUGGUGUUCCGUCUCAGCAUGUUAAAGAUAACUCAUCCAGAAGUAGCGAAGUUUCUGUAGCUUCUCGCAGUCAAAGCCAGAAGACUUGUAUUAAUCUGAAUAACACAAGGAACUCUGAUCAAUCUAGAAAGGACAGCAGUUCCAAUCAGGGUCUGCAUGCUGAGAAAAACCAAAGAAGUACUAAACCUGAUAACAUUGUCAAUGAUCUACAGGGAAGGUACCUUUUUGCAAGGACACGCUCUAGUCCUGAGCUUACUGAGACUUAUGGUGAAGUCUCUUUUCAGGGAGGGCAUAGCAGGGCUCAAGAAGCUGGAAAAGGCCAGAGCCCUUCUGUUAGGUUAGAUACCAGGAGGAAAAACCUGGAAUCUGAUAAUUUGGGAAGCCAUGGUGUUAGAUCUUCAACUGAUGAUCCUUCAUCCAUUAGGCAUGCUCCAUCCCGUCAAAGCCUUGAUGCUGCUGGUGAUUCUAACAGUGGCUCAAAUAGUUACCAUGAGGAUUCAGGCCUAGGUUCUACUGGUGAAGAAUUUGCUUCUGUCCUAGGGACACAAGGGAUGCAUCAGGAGGAGCAAGAUUUUGUGAACAUGAUGUCAUCUUCCACAGGCCUCGGUUUUAAUGGACAGGUCAAUCUUCCAUUGAAUUUGGCAUCAAGUCAUAUGCCUCUUUCAAUCUCACCCUCUGUUCUAGCUUCAAUGGGAUAUCCUCAGAGAAACUUGGGGGGGAUGAUACCAAUGAUGGAUAAUCCUUGGGGCACAAAUAUGCAAUUUCCCCAAGGCUUGGUUUCUUCACCAUUAAAUCAUUAUUUUCCUGGCUUAGGAUUGACCUCAAAUACAGAAGAUUCAGUUGAACCCGGCAAUGAGAAUUUUAGUUCUGUGGAAAUGAACCUGAGUGAGGCUGAUCAUAAUUACUGGCAUGAGCCACAAAGGGGCGCUGCCAGUGGGUUUGAUCUUGAAAAUGGAGGUCUUGAUAUUCAUCAAUCGGAUGAUAAUAAGCAGCAGUCCGCAUCAGCUAGCUAUAACUUUGUUCCUUCAUCCCAGUUAAGUGGCACUGUUAGCUCUUUGAGAGUUCAACAGAAGUUCACCAAAGAAUCCCGAGGGUCAAUGAAGGAAGAUCACAUUGAUACUCUGCCAUAUCAAGAAAACAGGGCUUCUGAAGUUUUCUUUGAUGAUAGAAUUACAGGUUCAAGGAUUUCUCCUACUGUGAAUACUACUUCUCUGAGAAGUAAAACCUCUUCUGAGAGCUCAUGGGAAGGAUCACCUGCAAAGGCAGCACCAAAGUCAACUAGAGAAAAGAGAAACAGGAAAACAACUUCUUCUGUAGUGCCAUCUGCCGUUUUUGGGAAAGGUAAGAAUGUGUCUGAACAUUCCUCCAAUCAGGCAGAAGAUGAAAGCAAAGAGCGGAAUCUACUACCCACUAUGGGCCCUGAAAUGACUGAAAGAAACAUAGUACCUCCGUCAGCUGCUGCUGUGCAUGUUCCAAGGCAUCAGAUUCCUGGAUAUGAAACAGCACAGACAAGUGGAUCUGAGUCAUUGAUACCUAUUGCUCCAAUGCUUUUAGGUGGUGGUUCAAGGCAAAGAACUACGGAUAAUUCAGGGGUUGUUCCUUUUGCAUUUUAUCCUACUGGACCUCCUGUUCCAUUUGUUACCAUGCUUCCAGUGUACAACUUCAAUACUGGGACAGGAACUUCUGAUGCAUCAACAAGCCAAUUUAAUGUUGAGGAGGUCGUAGAAAACAACGAUUCUGGUCAGAAUUUUGAUUCAUCUGAAGGACUUGAUCAAUCUGAGGUGGUAAGCACUUCUAAUUCUAUGAGAAGGCCUGCUGAGCCAUUGGAGCACAAAGCUGACAUUCUUAACAGUGAUUUUGCUAGCCACUGGCAAAACUUGCAAUAUGGGAGGUUUUGCCAAAACUCACGGUAUCCCACGCCUUUGGUUUAUCCAUCACCUCUGAUGAUGCCACCUGUAUAUUUACAAGGCCGUCUUCCAUGGGAUGGGCCUGGGAGACCUCUUUCAACAAACAUGAAUCUUUUUACACAGUUAAUGAGUUAUGGACCUCGCCUUGUUCCUGUUGCUCCUCUUCAGUCUGUUUCUAAUAGACCUGGGGGUGUUUAUCAGCAUUAUGUUGAUGAAAUGCCAAGAUAUCGCAGUGGGACUGGGACCUACCUGCCUAAUCCUAAGGUAUCUGUUCGGGACCGUCAUUCUACGAAUACCAGGAAGGGAAAUUACAGCUAUGAUAGAAGUGACCACCAUGGUGAGAGGGAAGGGAACUGGAAUGUUAAUUCGAAGCCUCGAGCUUCUGGGCGUGGCCGCAACCAAGCUGAGAAGUCAAGCUCAAGGUCGGAUCGGUUGGCAGCAAAUGAGAGCCGAACUGAUAGGACAUGGGGUUCUCAUAGACAUGAAACUUUUCCUUCAUACCAAUCUCAGAAUGGUCCAAUCCGUUCAAACUCCUCACAGAAUAGUGCUGCUAAUUUGGCAUAUGGCAUGUAUCCACUACAGUCCAUGAAUCCUGUAGUUUCAACGAAUGGACCUACAUUUCCACCUGUUGUCAUGCUAUAUCCUUAUGAUCAUAGUGCUGGAUUUGGAUCUCCUGCAGAACAGCUUGAGUUUGGAUCUCUUGGGCCAGUUGGUUUCUCAGGCGCAAAUGAGAUAUCACAUUUAAAUGAGGGAAGCAGAUCAAGUAGGGGAUUUGAGGAUCAAAGGUUUCAUGGCAGCUCUGCACAGCGGUCUUCACCAGAUCAGCCAUCUUCACCUCAUCUUCAGAGAUCAGUGGUCCAAAGGAAUUAUCAGUUGAAGGAUGAGGAUUUCCCACCUCUUGCAUUUAUGAACCAAGCAGGAAGCGAUGGUGGAAGAAACUACAGUGAGAAACCCUCCAGUUACCAGGCCUUUGUGAUCUCACCUCAUUCAUAAAAAGGGAGAACUUGUGGGAGUCAUCAGAUACUCCUGGAAAGCCACCCCUUGCUGGUUCGUGCUUGUUUGUACACUAAUCAUUUGCUAACCUGCCCUAUUUACGUGGAUGUAGCAGUUCAGCGGCAAGGGGGGAUGCAAGACACGGUGAUUAGGUUUUAAUUAUAGGGUUCAAACACAUUGUAACUCCACUGAUGUAGAAGCUCGCAGGUCUAGAAUCUUAGGAUUUUACGAUGUUAUAAAUUUAUUCUCCCUGGAUUUUGUACCAGUGUAUUAGGGAUUUUGAUGCACAAGCUCACAGAGCAUCUUUUGUGGACUCUUGCUUGAAAGAUCAACAUUGUAGCUAUACCCCGGUCAAAGAUAGAUGAAAAAGAUCAUUGUUUCAAUA